AUGUGGACCUGGAAGGGGACGCCCCUUUUCCUAGCCGCCGUGACCUACCUGUGCGUGGGCACCACCGCCUACUACAACGAGAGGUACCAGACGUUCUUAAGCCAGCACCACGACAACCCCAAGACGAAAAUCGAGAACGCCGAAUACUGCGCAGUCCUGAUGAAUUACAGGAGCGUCUUCCAAUCCUGCAAGCCGUUCAACAUUUUCAUCCACGCCUCCGAGGUGCAACUCCAGGACGUGUGCGGGGCCGGCGGGUACCCCUACCACGGCACUGGGAAGCGUCAGAGCAGGACGUACUACCCCAUCACCAUCUGCAGGCUGGGGGUGAUGACCAGGUCCCGGCAGUGCGUCUAUUACGCCGCCUUCAGCACCAGGCGCCUGGUCCUUAGCUGCGAUGAGAACAGACUGCCCGUGCAACUAGACGAAGUCCUCACCAUGAGUGGAUGA